AUGGUGGUUCACUGGGCCGGAGAGAAGAGUAACGUGAUCGUGGCCCUGGCCAGAGACAGCUUAGCCUUGCUGGGACCCAAGCUGAGUGAUGUUUAUGUGUCCUACGAUUACGGGAAAACAUUUAAGAAGAUAUCGGACAGAUUCAGUUUUGGCCCAGGGAACAACAGCCAAGUGGUGAUUACUCAGUUCUACCACAGCCCGGCCGACAACAAAAGGUAUAUCUUCAUCAACGCCUCCACCCAGUACCUCUGGCUCACCACGGACUUCUGCAACACCAUCCAGGGCUUCUCAGUCCCGUUCAGAGCGGCGGAUCUGCUGCUGCACAGCCAGAUUCCAGACUUGGUCUUGGGCUUUGACAGGUCCCACCCCAACAAACAGCUCUGGAAAUCAGAUGAUUUUGGACAGACAUGGAUAAUGAUACACGAACAUGUGAAAUCGUUUUCUUGCAACCAGAGAGCAGAGAGACAUCUUUUGGGCACUCAGCCACAGCCUUCCGUUCAACUCUGGGUGUCCUUUAACCGCAAGCCGAUGCAAGCUGCCCAGUUUGUGACCAGGCAUCCCAUCAAGGAGUACUACAUUGCCGACGCCUCGGAGGACCAGGUGUUUGUGUGCGUCAGUCACAGCAACAACCGCACCAACCUCUACAUCUCCGAAGCGGACGGCUUGAGGUUCUCGCUGACUUUGGAGGACAUCCUUUACUACAGCCCCGGGGGAGUGGGGAGCGACACCCUGGUCAGGUAUUUUGCGAAUGAGCCCUUUGCAGACUUCCACCGGGUGGAGGGCGUGCCAGGGAUCUACAUCGCCACCUUAAUCAAUGGCUCAUUCACUGAGGAGAACAUGCGGUCUGUCAUCACGUUCGACAAAGGAGGGACUUGGGAAUUUCUCCAGCCCCCAGAGUAUACUCGCUAUGGUGAAAAGAUAAAUUGCGAGCUUUCCCAGGGCUGCUCGCUUCAUCUGGCCCAGCGCCUGAGCCAGAUCCUCAACUUCCAGCUGCGUAGGAUGCCCAUCCUCUCUAAAGAAUCCGCUCCAGGACUUAUCAUUGCCACAGGUUCCGUUGGCAAGAAGAUGGCUAACAAAAUGAACGUGUACAUUUCGAGCAGCGCCGGCGUCCGAUGGCGAGAGGUCCUGACCGGCCCCCAUUAUUACACUUGGGGAGACCACGGAGGGAUCCUCAUGGCGGUAACGCAGGGUUCAGAGACAGAUCAGCUGAAAUACAGCACCAAUGAAGGGGAGACCUGGAAAACGUUUACCUUCUCGGAGAAGCCGGUCUUUGUUUAUGGCCUGCUGACGGAGCCAGGGGAGAAGAGCACCAUCUUCACCAUCUUCGGCUCUUACAAAGAGAAUGGGCACAGCUGGAUCAUCCUGCAGAUCAACUCCACUGACGUGCUUGGCGUCCCGUGCACCGAAAACGAUUACAAAUCUUGGUCCCCCUCGGACGAGCGAGGCAACGAGUGUCUCCUGGGGCGUAAAACGGUCUUCAAAAGGCGAACCUCCCACGCGACGUGCUUUAACGGGGAGGAUUUUGACAGGCCAGUUGUGGUCUCCAACUGCUCUUGCACCAGAGAGGACUUUGAGUGCACCCCUUUCUCCCUGUCUGUAGAGGAGAACGAAUUCAUUCUCUAUGCCACACGGUAUUCCAUCCACCGGUAUGACCUUUCUUCCGGGAUCAGCGAGAAGCUGCCUCUGAACGGAUUGCGAGGGGCGGUGGCCCUGGAUUUUGAUUACGACCAGAACUGUCUGUAUUGGGCAGACGUCACGCUUGACAUCAUCCAGCGCCUGUGUCUCAAUGGGAGUUCUGGACAGGAAAUUAUAAUCAGCACGGGUCUGGAAACCGUCGAAGCCUUGUCCUUCGAGCCCAUCAGUCAGCUGCUGUACUGGGUGAAUGCUGGUAUCCCAAAGAUCGAGGUUGCCAACCCCGACGGAGACUUAAGACUGACAAUUUUGAAUUCCUCUGUCCUUGAGCGGCCCCGAGCCUUGACUCUGCUACCUAAAGAAGGGUUGAUGUUUUGGACCGACUGGGGGGAUUCCAGGCCCGGUAUUUAUCGAAGCGAGAUGGACGGCUCCUCAGCCACCUGCAUUGUUUCCGAGGGGGUGAGGUGGCCUAACGGCAUCUCUGUGGACGACCGCUGGAUCUACUGGACCGAGGCUUACAUGGACCGGAUUGAGCGAAUCGAUUUCAACGGCAUGCAGAGAUCGGUGAUCUUGGAUAGCCUCCCUCAUCCGUACGCCAUUGCUGUUUUCAAGAAUGAAAUCUACUGGAACGAUUGGUCUCAGCUGAGCAUAUUCAGAGCCUCCAAAUACAGCGGAUCCCGAAUGGAGAUUUUGGUUGGCCACCUCACCGGUGUGAUGGAUAUGAAAAUCUUCUACCGAGGAAAGACGGCAGGGCAGAACGCCUGCAGUGCCAAGCCUUGCAGCCUGUUGUGCCUCCCGAAAUCCAACAACAGCCGAAGUUGCAAAUGUCCCGAGGGAGUCCCUGGCCAUCUGCUCUCCUCGGGGGAGAUGAAGUGCGACUGCCCACGUGGGUAUCUUUUGAAAAACAACACCUGUGUAAAGGAAGAAAACACCUGUCUGUCCAACCAGUAUAGAUGCUCGAAUGGGAACUGCAUCAACAGCAUUUGGCAGUGUGACAACGACAACGACUGCGGGGAUAUGAGUGAUGAGAAGAACUGUCCGACAACCAUAUGUGAUGUUGACACUCAGUUCCGCUGCCACGGCUCAGGGACUUGUGUCCCGUUGUCCUAUAAGUGCGACCUGGAGGACGAUUGCGGUGACAACAGUGACGAGAACCACUGCGAAGCCCACCACUGCCGGAACGACGAGUUCAGCUGCAGCUCUGGGAUGUGCAUACGCCUUUCUUGGAAGUGUGAUGGCGACAACGAUUGCCGGGACUGGUCUGACGAAGUCAAUUGCACCAUGUACCACACCUGCGAAGCCUCCAGUUUCCAGUGCCACAACGGACACUGCAUCCCCCAGAGGUGGGUCUGCGAUGGCGACGCUGACUGCCAAGACGGAUCUGACGAGGACCCGACCAUCUGUGAGAAAAAGUGCAAUGGCUUCCAGUGUCCGAAUGGAAGUUGCAUUCCUUCCAGCAAGCUCUGUAAUGGGGUACGGGACUGCACAGACGGUUCUGACGAACAGCAUUGUGAACCCCUCUGCACUCGCUACAUGGAUUUUGUGUGUAAGAACCGGAAACAGUGCUUGCUGCGUUCCAUGGUAUGCGACGGCACCAGACACUGUCAAGAUGGCUCAGAUGAAGACUCUGCGUACGCCGGGUGUGCUCAAGAUCCAGAGUUUCACCAGACUUGUGACCACUUCAGCUUCCAGUGCCAGAACGGCAUGUGCAUUAGCUUGGUGUGGAAAUGUGAUGGCAUGGACGACUGCGGGGACUACUCAGACGAGGCCAACUGUGAAAACCCAACCGAAGCCCCCAACUGCUCUCGGUACUAUCAGUUCCAGUGUGAAAACGGCCACUGCAUCCCAAACAGGUGGAGAUGCGACGAAGAAAACGACUGUGGAGACUGGUCCGAUGAGAAGGAAUGUGGAGGUUCCGAAAUCGUUCCCGUCACUACAUCAGCGCCUGCCACGUGUUCGCCUAACCACUUCCGGUGCAACAGCGGGGCGUGCAUCAUGAACAGCUGGGCUUGCGACGGGUACCGGGACUGUGCGGACGGCUCUGAUGAGGAAGCCUGCCCCACUGCUUCCAUCGGCGCCUCUUCUACGUCGGCCAGCUCCGCCGGCCGCUGCAGCCGAUUCGAGUUUGAGUGCCAGCAAAUGAAGAAGUGCGUCCCCAACUGGAAGCGCUGCGACGGCUUGAAGGAUUGCCAGGAUGGCACGGACGAGCAGAAUUGCCCUACGCACAGCACCUUGACGUGCCCCAGUGGGUUUAAAUGCGAAGAUGGGGAGACUUGCUUCAAGAUGGCGGAGCGGUGUGAUGGUUUCCUGGAUUGCUCAGACAACAGCGAUGAGAGAAAUUGUACUGAUGAUACCUUAGUCUAUAAAGUGCAGAACCUCCAGUGGACGGCCGACUUCUCGGGGGACAUCACUCUAACCUGGAUGCGGCCGAAAAAGAUGCCAGUUGGAUCCUGUGUCUACAAUAUCCAUUACAGAAUGGUCGGAGAGAGUGUGUGGAAAUCGUUGGAGACGCACAGCAACAAAACCAGCAGCAUCUUGAGGGUCCUGAAACCGGACUGCACGUAUCAAAUCAAAGUUCAGGUCCAGUGUCUGACCAAGGGGUACAACACUAAUGACAUCAUCACCCUGCGGACCCCAGAAGGAUUGCCGGAUCCUCCCCAGCAUCUGCAACUGUCGCCAAAGAGGGAAGCCGAAGAUGUCGUGAUCUGCCAGUGGGCUCCUCCAGCGAACACCCAUGGCCUGAUAAGAGAAUACGUCGUGGAGUACAGCAGAGCCGGAUCCAAGGAAUGGUCGUCUGUGAGAGCCCCCACCAACUAUUCGGAAAUUGAGAGGCUAGAGGUCAACACGUUGUACACUUUCAGAGUUGCUGCAGUAACUAGCCGGGGAGUGGGAAACUGGAGCGAUUCCAAAUCUAUACAAACUGUAAGAGGCAAAGUGAUUCCACCACCGACGGUCCACGUUGAGGGUUACAAUGAAGAUUCCAUAACUUUCACCCUAAAAAUGGAAGCGGAUAUGCAGGUGUAUGGUUACGUCGUGAACAUUUUCUGGACCUUCGACACACACAGACAAGAAAAGAGAAUGUUGUACAUAGAGGGGGGGAAGUCUGUACAAACAGUGAGUAACUUGACUGCUCAGACGCCGUACGAGAUUUCGGCUUGGGCCAAGACCGAACUGGGUGACAGUCCUCUGUCUUUUGCACAUGUGAUGACCAGCGGUACAAGACCACCCGCUCCCAGUCUGAAAGCCAAGCCUGUCAAUCAGACGGCUGUUGAGUGUAACUGGACUGGCCCGAGGAACGUGGUGUACGGUGUCUUCUAUGCCACAUCUUUCCUAGAGUUGUACCGGAACCCCAGGAGUGCUAACACCACGCUACACAACAUCACUGUCAUUGUCAACAGAGAUGAGCAAUAUUUGUUUUUGGUACGAGUGGUGUCUCCAUACCAAGGACCCCCUUCUGACUACAUCGUUGUGAAGAUGAUUCCUGACAAUCGCCUCCCUCCACGACACCUCCACACCGUGCACACGGGGAAAACGUUUGCUGUCAUUAAAUGGGAGUCGCCUUAUGAUUCUCCCGACCAAGAUUUGCUGUAUGCUGUUUCAGUGAAAGAUUUAAUAAGAAAAACAGACAGGAACUACAAGGUGAAAACACGAAACAGCACCGUGGAGUAUACCAUCAAGAAGCUGGAGCCGGGGGGGAAAUACCACAUCAUCGUCCAGCUUGUAAACAUGAGCAAAGAAGCUAGCUUGAAGGUUAGCACAGUUUCCUUGGCUGCUCCGGAAGCCUUAAAGAUUAUACCAGAAAACGAUCACAUCUUGCUGUUUUGGAAGAGCUUAGCCUUAAAAGAAAGUCAUUUCAGCGAAAGUCGGGGGUAUGAAGUACACAUGUUUGACCGAAUGAUGAAUGUCACUGCCUAUCUAGGGAACACGACGGAGACAGUCUUCAAAGUUUCCAACCUGAAAUUAGGCCACAAUUACUCCUUCACUGUCCAAGCCAGAUGCCUCUACAGUGGACAGAUGUGUGGGGACCCUGCCACGCUGCUUUACGAUGAACUAGGAGUGGAUGAAGAUCCUGCAGCUUCUGAAAUGGGCAAGUCCACAGACGUUGCUGCCAUAGUGGUUCCCAUAUUAUUCAUCCUGCUAGUGACCGUGGGCGCAGGGUUUGUCAUUCUGUACAUGAGGCACAGGCGGUUGCAGAACAGCUUCACGGCCUUCGCCAACAGCCACUAUAACUCCCGUCUGGGGUCAGCCAUAUUCUCAUCAGGCGACGAUUUAGGGGAUGAGGACGACGAAGCGCCCAUGAUUACGGGUUUUUCAGAUGACGUCCCCAUGGUGAUAGCAUGAAGAGUGCUCCUGACUCCGGAAACCAAAAUGGUGUAAAUAUUUUAUUUGAUAAAAAUAGUCAACUGUUUAUUUUAAAAAAAACAAGGAAGAAAAAAAACCGAAAACAAAAAAUGCACUUUUGAGUUGCAAUAUGUUAUUUUUGUAUGGGCCGAUAAAAAAAAAGAGAAGAAAAAGAAACAAUUAUUACACUUUGUAGCACACAGCUGUGAACUUUCAAACCAGGUUGAUUUAGUUAACAAUCUCUGUUAAUUUUCUUUUUUGUGGGAACUUUUUAAUUUAGUCUUACAAGGCUGUGCUUGCUGGGCAUGCUUUUAAGUCUGUGAGAUGUCUUCUGUGGACUGUGGCUCCAAUCUUCAGAGAACUUGCUUCGCGGGGUAGGGAAGAUGAAACCUGAUGCAAGUUGCCGUUUUCUGUGGCAGCCCCACGCACCAUCUCAUUCUAUCCGUGGAUGGAGGCUAGGUGAGAGGAAGCCAAACGGUCCUUUUGUAGCCUUCAUUAUAUGAAGGUAUAUAAUCAUAAAAUCAUAGAGUUGGAAGGGACCUCUGGGGUCAUCUAGUCCAACCC